AUGAUCCUUUGGCUGUGGCUCUGGUGGGGCUUCUCCGGCUUCUCCACCUCAGCAGGGCAGCCGGACUCGGAGCUGAUGGCCAGGUACCUGGAAGAGGAGCUGAUGGCAGACUACAGCAUCAUGGAGCAAGUUGCACGUCGUGUUCCAAGGCAGGCCAAAUUUUUGCAGAGGCUGGAAACCAGGCCUCGGAUGUCCGAGUUCACUGUGAAAUCCACAAUCAUUUCUCGGUAUGCUUUCACCACGGUGUCGUGCACAAUGGUGAACAGUGGAUCCGAGGCACGAGAAGGUGUGUUUGAGAUGCAGAUCCCAGCUGCAGCCUUCAUCUCCAACUUUACCAUGAGCAUUGGAAACAAGACUUACUACGGAGAGGUCACAGGGAAAGAAAAGAAACAGAGCAGUGAUGACAAAGGAAGGCACAAGAAACCUCCGAGCCCUACAGAUGGAAGGGAGAAUGGCUAUGAGACAUUCAAAGCUUCUGUAUUCAUUCCUCGCAAGAUGCAGGCCAAGUUCCUACUGCAUUAUGAAGAGCUUUUGCAAAGGCGACUGGGAAAAUAUGAGUAUACAGUCAGCAUCCGGCCCCAGCAGCUGGUGGGGAGGUUACGAGUGGAGGUGAACAUCCUGGAGAACUCAGGCAUAGUUUCACUGGAAGUGCCACCCCUUCGAAAUAGCAAGCAUAAAGGCAACGGGAAAGUUGAAGGUGAUGUUUCUCCUCCUCCUUCUACUGUAGUUGGACAUACCAAAACCUUAGCUAAAGUUACAUUCAAUCCCAGUGUUGUUGAGCAAACCAGGAUUGCCCGAAAUGGCAUUUUGGGAGACUUCAUAAUUCGAUAUGAUGUCAACAGGGAGCUGAGUGUUGGGGAUGUUCAGAUUCUUAAUGGGUAUUUCGUGCACUACUUCGCCCCCACAGAUCUUCCUCCAUUGCCAAAGAACGUUGUAUUUGUGCUUGACAGCAGUGCCUCCAUGGUGGGAACGAAACUGAAACAGACCAAAGAAGCUCUCUUCACAAUUCUCCAGGACCUAAGGCCUGAAGACCACUUCAAUAUCAUUGGCUUUUCCAACCGAAUAAAGGUCUGGCAGCAGGACCGGCUGGUGCCUGUUACUCCAAAUAAUAUAAGAGAUGCCAAAAAGUACAUUCAUAACAUGUCGCCUACUGGAGGGACUAAUAUUAACGGUGCUCUCCAGACCGGUGCAAAGCUGCUAAAUGAUUACAUUGCUCAGAACGACAUUGAUGCCAGGAGUGUCUCUCUGAUCAUCUUCCUCACGGAUGGGAGGCCCACUGUUGGGGAAACACAGUCAUCCAAAAUCCUCAGCAACACCAAGGAUGUCAUCCGUGACAAAUUCUGUCUCUUUACCAUUGGCAUUGGCAAUGAUGUGGACCACAAGUUGCUGGAGAGGAUGGCGCUGGAGAACUGCGGCAUGACAAGGCAUUUCCAGGAGGAUGAGGAUGCAGCCAGCCACCUCAAAGGGUUCUAUGAUGAAAUAGGAACACCUCUUCUAUCUGACAUCCGUGUUGACUACCCUGAAGACAAUGUGGAGCAAGUCACCCAGAACUUCUUCCCUAACUACUUCAAUGGCUCUGAAAUUAUAAUAGCUGGCAAACUCAUCAACCGUACCUCAGAUAGUCUUCAUGUGGAGGUAACUGCUAGCAACUCCAAGAAGUACAUCCUCCUCAAAACAGAUGUCAGGAAUGACAUCAGAGGUGUCCCCGGCCUGGAAGAUGGCAAAGGUGAUAGCAAUUACAUUGAGAGGGCAUGGAGUUACCUCACCAUCAAGGAAUUGCUUAACUCACGUUUGAAGAGUGAUGACAGUCAGGAAAAAGACUAUUUGAUGGAGAAAGCCAAGUCAAUGGCCCUGACUUACAAUUUUAUUACUCCCUUCACUGUUCUGAAGAUGAGAGAGGCUGGGCUCCAUUCAGAACCGCCUCAAGAGGAGUUUAUCAGCCCUUCUACUGAUGGCAUUGGUGAGAAGUUGCAGAGCUUGCAGGGACACAAGGCACCACCAGGUAUACGCAGACAGCAAGAUAAGCAAAGAAUUAAAAUCUCCAAAACUUCAGCGGAUGGAGACCCUCACUUUGUCAUUGAUUUUCCCUCCAGCAAGUUCUCUGUCUGCUUCAAUAUUGAUGGAGAACCAGGGGACAUUCUUCGACUGGUCUGUGAUCAUAAGGAAUCUGGUGUAACUGUGAAUGGGCAAUUAAUUGGAGCUCCUGCACCACCCAAUGGCCACAAGAAGCAUCGGACUUACUUCAGCACCAUCACUAUCCUCAGCAAUAAGCCAGAGCGAUCGUACCUAGAGAUCACACCCAAAAGAAUCAUCCUGGAUGAUGGGGAAAGACUUCUUCUGUCCUGUGAUCGGAGUGCUGUUGUGCGAAGCAGCAGCCUCGAGGUGUCCAUCUCUGCCAAUUCCAACAUCACUGUGACGAUACGAGGCACAAUCAGCUUUGUCAUCCUCAUCCACCAUUACAAGAAGCCAGCCCCGUAUCAGAGGAAUCACCUGGGGUUCUACAUCUCCAACAGUAAAGGCCUGUCUUCUGACUCCCAUGGAUUACUAGGUCAGUUCUUGAACCAUGAAGUUAAACUUCUUCAGGAAUCUCUAAACACAAGUCAUCCGCAGGUUGGUCAGAACCAAACCGAAGCAUUAAAGCCAAACCCUACAAAUACCCUGAAAGUGAAGGGACGGCUUGUUCCUGUUGUGUGGAAGCAGAGGAGGAUCUACAAUGGCCAGCAGGAAGUCAGCUGCUGGUUUGCCAAAAACAAUGCGGACAAACUGAUCGACGGGAGCUAUAAAGACUAUUUGGCCUCUCACCCUUUCGACACAGGGACCAGCUUUGGGACAAUGAACAGUCUUUAAAACCGACCAUAGGAAUGCAUUACAGUGGCAUGUGUGACAGUGGUUCCCUUCUGAAGCCUCUAGAGCUAGGCAACUUAGGAAUAUUCCCUCACUUUUUGGUGCCAAAGAAACCAAGGCUUUUUGCCCUUGGAAAUCAGCUGUCUCUCUUUCAUGCUAGAUGAAUACUGUUCAUCAAAUUCCUGA